AUGCCUCAGUUCAAUAAGUCCCAGAGCCCUCCACACCUGCGAUAUAUUCCCUCGCAAGGGUCAUUCACAGGCAUAUCCUUCGAUCCUAGACAUAUGCGUACUCCGGCAUUUCUCCUUCCCAAUGCUCCUAUCCGACGAAUCGGUUCCAUACGACGUGCUCGCCCAGCCGCGACGUCUAUAGCGGACAUCUUUGUCCGCUCUCUGGUGAUGGCUGGCUACUGCCACGAGCACUCCCCUCGAAGCAGGCGCCUAAGCACAGUAUCUUCAAAAGCUUCAAAAGGCAUCACAAGGGAUUUGGGGGACGGGGGCGUGGGGAGAAGCUCGAGGCGGCUUCCCGCCGGAAGUCCCCCAGGCUCUUUGGGUCGAAUUGAGAAUCUAGGAGUGUAUCGGCCAAGGACUCAGCGAAUGUUUAACUCCAGCGUCGCACAACCACAGGUGUUCUACGAUCCUGAUGACCAUCGAAUAAGCCAGUCAUCAGCCCACCGACCUUCGCAUAGGAGACACGUUGAUUAUAUGAGAUUGGAUUAUGCGGAUUGCCUUAAAAAAGACGGACGGCCAUCGCAGCGCAAACACGCACAUCAAGAUAGAUUAUUUCGCGACGCUGUCACCCACGAGGGUCGAAAACGCGUUCCGAUUUGCGACGCAAAACAUGAGGCGGAGUACGAGCAAGGUCCCCCUCCCAUAUUGGACAACGGGAACGACCACAAGAGCUCCGCGAAACGAUUGUACCAGCAUACAUCGGAGAUAUAUCGAGAAUUAUUAGGAGGGUCCUGGAAAGAAGCAGCUGAUGCUGUUGCCGCGUUCGAAACCUUUCCACCACAGCUCGACAAAACAAAAAGCUCUGUUGAACUCAGUUCAGUCCGAAAGCUGGAAGAAAAUAUUAUGGAUAAGAGCAAGGCCAAUCAUUACAUAUUUACCCUUUAUAGGGAACUUCCAUCCCCGGGUGUGAAGCAUCUUUCAAAGCGCUCCCGCGGUGCUCUUUUGCGCAGGUUCGCUAAACCCCGAGACCACCGUUGGGUUGAUGCUCGACGUUAUCUAGCCCUGGUGGAAGAUAUGUUGGCCUCAGGUCUUCCGAUAUCCCGGUCACUUUGGACCUCUGCUAUUUACCUAGCAGGUCGAUCCUCGGCAAAGGUAACUAAAGACGACCUGGUCCGGGCAAUCGGUAUCUGGAACCAAAUGGAGCAUAUAGCGAAAAUCUCAUCAGAUGAUGUGGUUUUCACGGUCUUAUUUGACAUAGCUAUUAAAGCGGGCCAAUACACUAUCGCCGAUCGCUUGAUAGAGGAGAUGGAUAGACGAAACAUCCAAUUUGGUCGCGCGGGAAAAGUCGCAAAGAUAUUUUAUUACGGAUUAGUGGGGGACGUUGAUGGCAUUUGGCAGGUUUUUGAUGAGUUUGUGGGCAGCGGGGAAAUUGUCGAUACUGCGGUGAUGAACUGUCUUAUGGCCUCUUUUCUCAGAGCUGGUGAAGAGGAGUCUGCAGAGCAGGUCUACCAGAAAAUGUUGCAGACUCGACCGAACACGCUUCUUGCGAGCCAGCAUCUCACGUCAGAGCUCAUUUCCUACCGCAAAUCAGCUAAGAGGCUAGGCCGUGUUCUACAACUGUCAUCGUCUUUGAAGGCCAGAUUCCCAAACCACCAUCGUGCUCUUCAAGAAGCCCUUCUAGCAGCGCCUGAUACGAGAACGUUUCAUAUACUUCUAACGCAUCACGCACACAAAUCGGGGAAUUUGGAUGCAUUCAAUUCGGUUCUCAGCGAUAUGGAAGAUGUUUAUCCCGUACCUCCACGUGGGAUGAUCUAUUUGCUGCUUUUUGAUGGGUUUGCUCGUCAUGGUCGACACAAAAAGGGGUGGACAGCGGAAAGGCUACGAACGGUGUGGAAAGCCUAUCUUCGGGCGCUUUAUGAGUCCAAGACUAGAGUCCACGAUCGAUCGUUUACUCUGCCCUCGUCCUUCGUUUGGGAGAGCCCACUCGAGGGUGGCCCUACGGCGCCAUUGGUCUCGACAAAUAGAUCAAGCCCGCUAUACACACCAUUACCUUCUGCCGCCAUAAACUUGCAAGACGAUUUGCAUGGACCCGAAGAACACAGCGAUCAUCAGCGGAGUGUAGAUGAGGACAUCAUAGAUAUUGCUUACAGGGAUACACCAGAUCUCUAUAGCGACAUCGACAUCCCCGAAAGCCGCCCGACGCAACCACUCCCAGUCGAAGAAGACAGCCUAGAGACGCUGGAGUAUCGGCUCGAGAAUGGCGUGUUCUUAGGCCGCCGGAUGAUCAAGAUCAUUCUACGCGCAUUUGGCUCCUGUUGCGGACCUGACGAAGUCAUGGACGUUUGGCUUCGCAUGGAGAGCAUCUGGCAACCCGACAAGCGCAAAGGCCUGGAUGUUCUAGCUGUCAAGGAAGAGCUGGAAAGGCAGCUGAACAGAACUAAUCGUCGCAUUGAAUUUGGAGCGAAAUAG